AAUUCCUAUACUGCGAACGAAGUGGCGACGUCAUGUCCAUAAGCCGGCCAACAAGCGGAUCGCAUCGUUGCAUCUCUGUGGCAGACGACAACCAAGAGGCGUGAGAUGGGCGAGUUCUUGGCUUGUAUGGAGCGACAAAGAUGCACCGUGCUGCGCUGCGCCUCGCAAUCAACGCACGCAAGGAAGGGUCUCCUCGCCGAGCACUCGGCCAACGUCGUCUAGCUGCGUGCCUUUUUUUCGAUCCUAGCUCUGCGUUAUGCUUUGCAUACGCACGCACCCUUUGCGCCGAUUGCACGUACAUGAUUUGGUUCAACGCGCGCCGACGUACGUCACUCACCAGGGCACCUCGUGUCAAGGCAGCAUCCUCCGUUCUGCGAACCUCAAGGAAAAAGAGUCUUGAGUGCGAAUCGGCAAAUGAGCUGCUCGCCUGGCCGGACUCGCCGCUAGGGUGCAGUGAGUGGGUUGGUCGAUCGUGUCGCUGUGCUGCGCGCCCACCCGCCCAGAAGCAGCUUCUGCUUUUCAAAAGGUGACUUUGCAGGACAAAGGAGAUCCGUGCGAACCUUCACGCUCGACUCGCUCUGCGAUGAGUGUGGAUGUCCAGAGCCAAUCCGCAAAUUGUGAAUGCAUGCCUACGUGGAUAAAUAGC